AGAAACAAUUCGACAACGUUACCCACAGCGACCAGCAACAAUCGGAGAUAAAGCAGGAGAGUAGCGGUGGCUUCAUGGAGAAGGUGAACAAUGCUCUAGGAGGCGGAGAGGCUGGAGAGAAGAAGGAGGAUCUCCUGGAUAAAGGUGUCGACUUUGUCCAGGAGCAUUUCCUGGGUCAAGGACAACAGUCGAAUGAAUCUGCCUUGGAGCAAGCCAAGGACGAGCAGAUCUCUGAUGCGAUUCGGAGGGGAUACAAGAGCAUGACUGGGAAGGAUUUCCCCAUUGCCGAUAAAUCGUAGAAUGCAUAAGUGUUCAUCGCGAAGAAUUGGUACUGAAAUGACACGUUACAUGAAACCGCUCCGUGGAUUCAAAACAUUUUCACUCUUUGUUUCGUGCCUGUUAAUCGAUAAU